CAAAGACCUGACAUUUGCGGGAGGGCAAGAACAGACUGACAAUCAAUAGAUAGCCAUGCGACCUAUUCGAAACAGUGUAUCGUUGCCAUUGUGGCCAAACAAUCGCCAACCAUUGCCAAAGCUGCAAUAGAUCUUGUAUAUACCUUCACAAGUCCAGCUGGAGCAGGCUUGACUUCAUUGCUACUCUUGACUGCCGACAGGACAAGUAUGGCUCCGGUUGUUACACAGUAGCGGCACCACGCAUGCUCGUUCCUGAACAUACCGUUCCAUCACUGAGUAUAGCAGAGCAUGUACGGCAUGUCGACUUGUUCUACACUCAAACUUCCUACAGAACCUCGCUACAACUUGCUCGAUUCUGACAAGCUUUACAAAGCUAUAGUCAUGUACGAACAAUCUGACCGAUCCUUUAAACACCAUCUACCGAGGAUGUUAUCGUUACUCUCCCCGCCACCGUACGCACCGCCUGACCAACGGGCGUCCACUCUACAGCGCCCCGAACGACACGACGAUUACCGUUGCACAAUAUCUCGACAGGCUGCCGACAUCACUAUAGUUGACAUUUCAAUCCACCUGCACAAGCACAUUGAUACUGACAGGAUCCCCUGCUGGCGAGUACGCAGGAAGCUCAUCGCGCUCGACCAACCAAUCUGCGCUCACAGACGUACGUCCGAUCCAGCGUUUUUCAGAGCAGUCCGCCGUCGAAUGAACACGUUGUGUAUCUCAUUUGGCUCCAGAGAAUACUUGCCAUUCUUCGGGAGGUGGACCGAUAGGAGUAGAGCCUGGACGUGCAAAGAAGAGGGGUGCAACAUGUCAGCUUGGAUCACGGAAGACCGCGACACUGGAAAUUUGAGACUCCAUGCCAGGACCUAUUGGGCUGGCGAGCUAGACGAAGCUGACGCGACUUUGUUGGAGGCUGUGAAAGUGAGGGCUCAGGAGGGUGGAGGGCUGAGUUACGAGUAAAGAAAGGUACGUAUAUAUUAAUCGCUGCCUUCCUGCAACUCCACACCAACUUACUUUGCCCAG